UAAGUUUGCUAAUCGCCACAAUUUUUUUAAACAUUUAUUUAUCGUAGCAUCAUUUUCAGUUGAGCACCUAAAGGAUGGUUUAUGUAAUACUUUUUAUUGCGUUUAUUCGAAAUUUCCGUAUCAUAAAUUUAGAUAAAGUAUCUCUUCGCCAGAUGUUUUAAAUCUGUAAAAGAAAAACAACUCCAUAACGUGCAGAUCAACUUUAAAAAUAAUGCGUUUUCCUUACCAGUAUCAAUAACAAUAUUAAAAAAAAAAUUUUUUUUUGAAUACUUAAAGCAUCACGUGUUUAUCGCAUCAAUAAUGCUUAGUUGACGAAUGUUAUCUCUACAUCUGGCCGACUAAACUUUCCGUAUGUACUUUGAUCGUCGAGCGUUUUGUUGCGCUUAAGCUGGAAAGGAGAACUGUAUUGAGAUUCAGAAAAAUGUAUAGACUACAUUCUGAGGCGUUAACUUCUGCAGCUGAAGAUGCCAAAGAUUAUGCCAUCUCUAGAGGAAUAGCUAUGCAUCCAUCUGAUUUAACUAAAGAUGCCAGAGUACCAUUACCGUUUUGUCUUUUUCCCUCACCUUUUCCAGAAAAUUGGUUUACUUUUGUUUAUGAAUUACAACCACAUUUGAAUCUCAUAUUGCACAAAAUCGCACAUUCAAGAAUAUUUCUUAAAGAAUGCUUAUCCAGCAUUAUUGAAGCUGAUGAAUUUACAAGGAAAAUUUUUGAAAUAUUUGAAGCUGUAGAUUAUGAAAGAGAAAAAAAGCGGUGGAGCCUGGGCGUGAUUCGCUCAGAUUAUUUAUUAAACUCAAAUCCUUCUGGAGGAAUACUGGGCAUAAAGCAAGUCGAAAACAACACCAUAGCAUCUGGAUUUGGUGGAAUAGCACCACUUAUGCGAGAUUUGCAUAGAUUUGUGUUCAAAAAAUUUGGUCAACAAGGAUUUGAACACAAACUGCCAUUAAAUGAGGCUACUUCUGAAAUUGCAAAAGGAAUUUUUGCUGCAUGGAAAAUAUAUGGAAAUCCAAAUGCUAUUGUUCUUUUUGUUGUGGAAGAAAAUACUUUCAAUAUCUGUGAUCAACGAAUACUGGAAUAUGGUAUUUUCAAAUAUGGAAACAAAACAAAAGUUAUACGAUGCACUUUCAAAGACCUUAGAACAUGUGCCAAAUUAAAAGGAGAUGCUCUUAUUGUGAAAGGUAAAGAAGUUGCUGUUGUAUAUUAUCGUGUUGGAUAUGCCCCCGAACAUUAUGAACCUGAGGAUUGGGGAACUAGACUCUUGAUUGAACGUUCAAAUGCAAUUAAAUGUCCCUCUGCUGGUUUGCAUCUGGCUGGAACUAAAAGAGUGCAACUCUAUUUAACUCAGGAUGGAAUUCUUGAAAAAUUUGUUAGUCAUGAUGUUGCAGUGAAAAUAAGAGAAGUCUUUGCACAGCAGUAUUCUUUAGAUGUGGCUGAAGGUGGAGAUGAUGCUAUUGUAUUGGGUCUUGGAAAUCCUGAAAGAUUUGUGUUGAAACCAGAAAGGGAAGGGGGAGGCAAUAAUAUAUAUGGUGAUGAUUUAAAAAAUCGUUUGAAGCAAAUCAGAACCAGUUGUCAACGAAAUGCGUACAUUUUAAUGGAGCUAAUAAAUCCACCUAGCUCUCCUAAUUGCCUUGUACUAAGAGACAGAACUGCAGAAGUAUCAAAUGUUGUUUCUGAGCUUGGAAUUUUUGGAGUGAUAUUAGGAAAUGAAGACAAUGUGUCCUUAAAUAUUUCUGCUGGUCAUCUUUUACGUACUAAAAAAGUUGAACUAAAUGAAGGUGGUAUUGCAGCAGGUUUCGGAGCAAUGGGUUCUCCAAUUUUAGAAACUGAUUAUUAACUAAUUCUAAAUAUCAAGGAAUUUUAAUUCUGAUCUUUAUCACAAGAUUUAAAUGUAUUUUAAUGUUUGAAUGUAAAUUUGUAUGAAUUGAAUUUGUAUUUUUUUGAAUUGAAGUUUAUCAUAAUAUGCAUUUUAAAAAGACUUUUAUUUUAUUUAAAAUGUAUAAAUAAAAGUUUUAAGGUUUCUCCCAAUAUUUCAGUUUUUAAUAAGUUAGAAUACUGAUAAUGUAGCUAUU